AUGGCUGCAACUUCUGUCGACACCACCUUAAAUUUUCCUUUACUAUCCGAGAAGAAUCUAGACGAUGAGGAGAACCUCAUAUUCUCAGAUGCUCCAAAUAAAAAUGGAGUAUCUUUUAUUCGAACAUGUAUCAAUGGACUCAAUUCCAUUGCAGGUGUUGGAAUACUAUCGGUUCCAUAUGCUUUAGCCUCAGGAGGGUGGUUAAGUUUGGUACUUUUAUUUUCUAUUGCCACGGUAGCAUUCUACACUUGUCUAUUAAUAAAAAGAUGCAUGGAAAAAGAUUCCAGCAUUAAAACAUUUCCGGACAUGGGUGAACGUGCAUUUGGAAAAACAGGAAAAUUAAUAGUGGAAAUAUCAAUGUAUACUGAGAUCUACUUGGUUUCAAUAGGUUUCUUGAUUCUAGAAGGAGACAAUUUGAGUAACUUAUUUUCUAUUCAAGAGUUUCAAGUGGCCGGUAUAUCAAUUGGUGCAAAGCAAUUCUUUGUGAUAUUGGUUUCACUAAUUAUUUUGCCGACGAUUUGUUUGGAAAAUCUGAGUUUGAUUUCUUAUGUAUCUGCAAGUGGUGUCUUUGCUUCUGUUAUUAUCAUUUUGUCAAUAUCAUGGACGGCAACAUUUGAUGGAGUUGGUUUUCAUCAAAAGGGUGAUUUAGUUAAUUGGAAUGGUAUCCCUACAGCUGUUGGCUUGUAUACAUUUUGCUAUAGUGCACAUCCCAUUUUUCCAGUUCUUUACACUUCCAUGAAGAACAAACGUCAUUUUUCAUAUGUCCUAUAUAUAUGUUAUAUGUUAGCAACGAUUAUUUUUGCAUCAAUGGCUAUAAUUGGUUAUUUAAUGUUUGGUUCAAAACUUGAAUCGCAAGUAACAUUAAACUUACCAUUGGACAAAAUAAGUUCAAGAAUAGCAAUAUACACAACCUUGGUGACUCCAAUGUCUAAGUUUUCUCUGAUGAUAUUACCAAUUACAAAUGCUUUAAAAGAUUUACUUCCAAGGACAUACAAGAAUAAUAAAAUGGCCAACAUCUUUUUGAGUACUAUUCUUCUAAUUAGUAUGGUGAUUGUUACAUGGACUCUUCCAUUUUUUGGAUCUCUCAUGUCAUUGAUUGGAGCAUUUUUAACUGUCACGGUUUGUAUUUUGCUACCUUGUUUGUGUUACUUGAAGAUUUCAGGCACUUACAGAAAAUUGGGGUUUGAGACAAUGGUAAUAGUGGUAAUAAUGUUAGUUUCUAUAGUAAUGGGAAUAUUUGGGACAUAUGCUUCCGUUGUUGAACUAGUAGAAAAGUCUUAUAACAACUAG